AUGUCCCCACUCCCAACCCCAACCCCCACCCCCAUCACCAAAUCCUCCCUCAUCGGCGCCUGGACUCUCAUCUCCUACAUCGUCGAGCCCCCGAACCCCCAAGACUAUGACGCUCCCACCCACUACUACCCCAUGGGCCCGGACGCCCGCGGCACCCUCGUCUACACCCCAGAUGGUCAGAUGACCGUGAGCGUGUUGCCGAAAGUUGCCAAGAAGGUGUGGGAGAAUUCUAAUGAUGGGGUCAUGUACGCGGGCCGGUACUGGAUUGAAAACAGCAGUAGCGAUGACGAGGAUGAUGAUGCUGGUGAUGGAUAUGAGAGGCAGUAG